UGCAAACUUCAGAGCAGUCCUAGAGGAUAUAAAGAAAAAUAUUUUUAAUCCAUUUUGAUGUGAAUGUAAACCUGUCCAAGUUUCACAUGGAUAACUACAGCAGUGAUGAAGACACCGAUGCUGAUUUUGACACCCAGCUCAUCAUUCAACAGAGUUUACAGGACGUUUACAAGCCAGGAACAAGGCAGCACACACCUGAAAAUGAGAGAUUCCAUGCUUUUUUGAGUGCUGAUUCUAAGAAGAUAGUUGAAACAAUAGAGAAAGGUAAGGAGGACGCAUUAGCACACUUAACCAAGUACCAUUCUGCUUUUGAUGAAGCGGACGGUUCAGGCUGGAUUCCUCUGCAUAAGGCUGCAGUGCAGUUAAACAAGAACAUUUUAGAAAUAACCUUGAAAGCUUCCAAACCCAGCAUGUGGGAGCAAACAACCCACAAUGGUGAAACGCCACUGUUUUUGGCUGUCAGCUGUAACCUCUUAGAAAAUGCCAAUUUUCUCCUUCUCAAUGGCUGCAAUCCGAAUACUAAGAAUUUUGAAGGCAGUUCCCCUCUUCUUGCAGCUAUUUUGCGGGACUCCUAUGACAUGGCCACCUUGCUGAUCAGCCAUGGAGCAGAUGUCAAUCUGCAAUGUGCCAAUGAGAGGACAGCCCUCCAUGAAGCAGCCAAACUUGGCAGAUGGGAUAUGGUGAAGCUGAUGCUGGCUUCUGGAGCGCACCCUGAUCCACGGAGCUCCUAUGGAUUUACUCCCCUUGCUCUUGCUGCCCAAAGCGGACACACUGAAAUCAUGGAACUACUACUGCAGAAAGGUGCUAAUGUUCACAGUCAGGCCUCUGAUUCUUCCUCCAUUUUACUUGAAGCUGCUAGAGGAGGAAAUCCAGACUCUGUGACCCUCUUGCUAGAGUAUGGAGCUGAUGCCAACGUCCCUAAGAGUUCAGGCCACCUGCCCAUCCAUGUGGCAGCUGACAGAGGCCACUUAUUAGCUCUAAAGAUGCUGGUUCCAGUUACAAAUCUUGCUGCCAUCAAGAGGAGUGGGAUCAGUCCUGUGCACUGUGCAGCAGCUGGAGCACACCCACAAUGCCUGGAACUUCUCAUCCAGGCUGGAUUUGACGUGAAUUUCAUGCUAGAUCAAAGAAUCCGCAAACACUACGAUGAUCAGAGGAAGUCAGCCUUAUAUUUUGCCGUUUCAAAUGGUGACCUCUCCUCAGUUAAGUUGCUUUUGGGUGCUGGAGCUCUGCCCAAUCAAGACCCAGUUAACUGCCUGCAGAUAGCUCUCAGGAUGGGCAACUAUGAGCUGAUAAGUCUGCUACUGAGACAUGGGGCCAAUGUCAAUUACUUCUGCAGGGUUAACCCUUUGCAUUUUCCAUCAGCACUGCAAUAUACAUUGAAAGAUGAAGUCAUGCUCAGGAUGCUGUUGAAUUAUGGGUAUGACACUAAGCGAUGCUUUGAUUGUCCCCAUGGGGACAAAGUCCAUCAUUUCUGUACAUUUGAAGGCUGGACACCCACAGUUAUUAAAGAUACUAUGUUCUGUGAAGUCAUAACUUUGUCAUGGCUACAGCAUCUCUCUGGAAAGGUUGUUCGAGUGAUGCUUGAUUACGUUGAUCAAGUUCAAAUCUGUUCAAAGUUGAAAGCUGUGCUCGAAAAACAGAGGCUCUGGUCAGAAAUACAUUUUAUCUUGACAAACCCUCGCUCCCUAAAACAUUUGUGCCGCCUGAAGAUCCGGAAGUGUAUGGGACGUUUCCGCUUGCGCUGCCCAGUCUUCAUGUCAUUUCUUCCAUUACCCAAUCUUCUAAAAGCGUAUGUUCUUUACAAAGAACAUGACCUUUAUGGACAAGGAGCUUUAACAAGAACCUGGUAAUUGAGCUAUUCUAGACAGAAAGGUAUAAACUGAAGAUUUUUCUUAAAAAUCUUUUAUGUAUGAUGUUUCUU